AUGGCUUCUUCGUGGCUCCCGUCUCUUCGGCUGCCUUUCAACGUGCAUCUUCCGACAUCUACAACCCUGCGGCAUAUAGUCUAUGGGAUUAUAAUCGGCUUUUCGCUUUCUCUGACCUCGACUUCCUUCGCAUCAUACUACCAGCAGCGUAAGAGGGAACGACUGGCGCGUCAAUUCGAGGCACGCCCCAUAGAGCUUCGCAGCGAUGAAGUGCUUCGCGGCGUGACUGGGUUGAUCGGAAAUACACCUUUGGUGAGAAUAAACUCCCUGAGUGAUGCUUUGGGAGUAGAAAUAUUAGGGAAGGCGGAGUUUCUCAAUCCUGGAGGCAGUGUCAAGGACCGGGUCGCACUGCGAAUGAUAGAAGAUGCGGAACUGCAGGGCCUCCUGUAUCCACAUACAGGCUCUCGCAUUUUUGAAGGUACGGUAGGUUCCACCGGUAUAUCAAUUGCGACCAUUGCACGAGCUAGAGGAUAUGAAGCAACAAUUAUCAUGCCAGACGACGUUGCCCAGGAAAAAGUGCAGGCUCUACUGGCACUCGGCGCAGAAGUGGAGAGGGUGAGGCCCGCAAGUAUUGUGGAUAAGAAGCAAUUUGUGAACCUGGCCCGUGAACGAGCGAAGAAUUUCGCAGACGACCCCAUCUCCGAUUCCGCGUCUCCCCUGCACCACCACCUCCUGCGCACCUCAACCACCUCCGUCGUCGUAUCGACAACCGCUACGGAGGCACUGACUGAAGGCCACGCUGUCAUGUCCGCGCAAGAAGAGGAGGAGCUACGGACAAAACCCAGAGGAUUUUUUGCGGAUCAGUUUGAGAACAGAAGCAAUUAUCUUGCCCACUUUGACGGCACUGGCCCGGAGAUCUGGAGGCAGACUAAUGGCAGGGUAAAUGCGUUCGUUUCUGGGGCAGGUACUGGAGGUACAAUCGCUGGCACUGGCCAAUAUUUGAAGUCAGUGGACGAUGAUGUCCUGGUUGUGCUAGCCGAUCCCGAGGGUAGUGGGCUAUAUAACAAGGUGAAGCAUGGUGUCAUGUUUGACCAGAAGGAAGCGGAAGGCACGAAGCGGCGACAUCAGGUGGACACUGUAGUCGAAGGAAUAGGGAUUAACCGGCUUACUCACAACAUGGAGCUCGCGCUCCCCAUAAUCAAUGAUGCUUUCCGGAUCACCGAUGCCGAGGCGGUGAGCAUGUCGCGCUACCUCGUGCACAAUGACGGCCUCUUCCUGGGCUCCAGUAGCGCAUGUAACCUUGUAGCAGCCAUCAAGCUCGCAAAGAAGAUGGGAUGGAAGGAAGGCCAGACCAUUGUCACCAUAUUGUGCGAUUCGGGAAGUAGGCAUUAUUCAAAGUUCUGGAACGAUGAUUACCUCCGUUCAGCCGAAAUACCUGUGGACACGGGCAUCAUCGAAGAUAUGUUGAGGUACUCGCCCGACAGAGCACCAUAG